UGCCAGCGGAGGAGUGGAUGGCCUCUGUAAUAAAAAUACACGAAGAGAAUUGAGGAAAAGGAGAAGAUUGGCCGAGGGUAAAAGCCAACAACACGGCGAUUUGUUCCUUUCUUCACAUCCCGGGGCUCCACCGUGGAAGUAGACGCCUUUUUAAAACACGCUGGGAUGUAUUUUCGCUGCUGCACCGAGGGCUCAGGCUGAAAUGCUAUGUUAUGUGUGGCUUUCUUGGUUUUUUUUCAGCAGACAGAGGGAGAUAACUGUACUGUAUCCCAGCCUAGCGGAUUGGAGUGAAAGUCCGCCAUAUUCUGCCUUACCACGCCCGGGAGUCGAGCCAUUGGAAAAUAAACGGACAGCUUUAUUUACAUGUGUUUCCCGGCUGUUUUCUCCAUCCGCAGACAAUAACUUGAACACAAGUGGGUUUUGCUGAUUGGAAAAUACCAACAUUGAAGACUUUAAACAGAGAGUGGCUGGGUACGGAUGGCAAUGCUUCAUAGUUAACGAGAUCACCCCGAGCAGCACGGAAGAUGUGUCUUUAAAGGAUCUGUUGAUCAUAUUGAGAAGGAAAAGCAGAUUACACCAAUUAAGAUUGCACUGAUAUUCAUCUCAAGCCGCUUUGGACACUUAUUUUAAAACUGUCUGGAGGCACAGAAAGCGAACCGAAACGGGGGGAGGGGGGUUAGUGAUAAUUUGUCAAAUAUCUCAUUUCUCCCAGCACAAUCUGUGCAGUCUACAGACUCAUUAUAAAGGGCGUCCACGCGUUAUUUCACCACACGCAGGCCUGUAUGAGGACGUUUUUUGGCAUUCACAGGCCUCGGUUGUUGUUUUGUGAACGGAUUUGAAAGCUGAAUGAAUCACUGAAAGGAAACGGAGUGUUUUUUUUACUUGAAACAAUCCAUUUAAAAAACUGAGAAAAUGACCCUGGAAUCCAUAAUGGCGUGUUGCCUCAGUGAAGAGGCGAAGGAAGCCAGGCGGAUCAACGACGAGAUCGAGAGGCAGCUCCGCCGGGAUAAGAGGGACGCUCGCCGGGAGCUGAAACUGUUGCUUCUCGGCACUGGAGAAAGUGGGAAGAGCACAUUCAUCAAACAGAUGAGGAUUAUUCACGGUGCCGGGUACUCUGACGAGGACAAACGAGGCUUCACUAAACUGGUCUAUCAGAACAUCUUCACAGCCAUGCAGGCCAUGAUCCGAGCCAUGGAGACGCUCAAGAUCCCCUACAAAUACGAGCACAACAAGGGCAACGCCAACUUGGUGAGGGAGGUGGACGUAGAAAAAGUCAACAUGCUCGAUAACCCUUAUGUAGACGCAAUCAAGAGCUUAUGGAACGACCCGGGCAUCCAGGAGUGCUACGAUCGAAGGAGGGAGUACCAGCUGUCUGACUCCACCAAAUAUUAUCUGAAUGCGUUGGACCGGAUCGCAGAGCCAACGUACCUUCCCACCCAGCAGGACGUGUUGAGGGUUCGAGUCCCCACAACGGGCAUCAUCGAGUACCCGUUUGACCUGCAGAGUGUCAUCUUCAGGAUGGUGGAUGUGGGAGGUCAGAGGUCAGAGAGGAGGAAGUGGAUCCACUGCUUCGAGAAUGUCACAUCCAUCAUGUUCCUGGUGGCGCUGAGCGAGUACGACCAAGUGCUGGUGGAGUCGGACAACGAGAACCGGAUGGAGGAGAGUAAAGCUCUGUUUAGGACAAUAAUCACAUACCCCUGGUUCCAAAACUCCUCUGUCAUUCUGUUUCUCAACAAGAAGGAUCUGCUGGAGGAGAAGAUCAUGUACUCUCAUCUGGUCGACUACUUUCCAGAGUAUGAUGGUCCUCAAAGAGAUGCUCAGGCUGGACGAGAAUUCAUCCUCAAGAUGUUUGUGGACCUGAAUCCAGACAGCGAUAAGAUCAUCUACUCUCACUUCACCUGCGCCACCGACACAGAGAACAUCCGCUUUGUCUUUGCCGCUGUCAAAGACACCAUCCUGCAGCUCAACUUAAAGGAGUACAACCUGGUGUAGAGCGAGGAGGAGCAGGACGGGGCCGCCGACACACUGACUGACACAAUCUGUGAAGAUAAAGAUCACACUCAUGAGAAAAAAAUUUAAUGGUUGCAGAAUAUUAAUUUAUUUGCAAUUUUGUUGAUCUCUUGGACUCCGAGGGGUUGCAAAAAAAGUUUUAUCUUGCUAUUUAAGAAGGUAAUGAAAUGUAAUGAGGGGGGUGGAUAUUUGUAGGACUUUGCUGUCGAACAUGGGCGGCAACAAUCCUCAUUUUUAGGCUUUGCGCAUUGUGAAGUUUGGCUUCUUUUGUUGAAUUUUUUUGACAAAAAAAGAAAACUACUUUGUGCACUCAAGGUUACGGUGUGAAGAGAAUUACAGUGAAUGCAAUGAGCUCCCCCUCUCUGCCUUUUUAUAUACAAGAAGGAAAAGAAGGUUUUCAUCCCUUUUAUUAAUGCUCUCUCCUCAUAGGUCGAUAAAUCUGAGGCUUUGUCCUGGAAAAGACAUAACUCAUCUCUUAUUGACAGCAAAAAGAGAUAAUUUUAAAUUCUCUGACAUUGACUCCGUAUCAAUCUACUUCAAUUCUUGUUAUUAUUACAUUGCAUUAACUUUGGUACCAUUCAGUGAGCUGAGCAUGUGUCACCGCGUAAGUAUAUGCCCCAGAAUUAUUCGGAACAAGCCUUUGUCAUGACUUACAUGACAGACACAUGACAGCAACAAAGAAACUGGAAAGUUUGAGCUCUAAGUGAGGAAAGAUUGUCAAAAUGAAUGAUACUUCUACGCUUUUUCAAUACCACCAGUUUUAAACACAGUCUCCAUUUAUAAAUGAUUGAAUAUUACAAAAAAGUGCUGGGUUGCACCAGCUAUGUUUAGCUCUACUUCAGAGAUGAUGAGUGUGUUUACAAGGACUUGAGUAUCUUGGCUAUGAGCCUUAUCCUGGUUUUGAUCUACUGUGUUUACAUGAGCACAGAGAAACCUGGUUCUUUAUAUCUGUAUACAUCUUAUGAAUGUGAGACAAAUUUAAUUAACCACUUAGAAAGUUUAGCUGAGACUUUAACAGAGUUAAACAAUCCUGCAAGUGAAUUCAUCCUCUGCAUAACUGUCCCGAAAACAACUUGAGAAAAAGGGAGGUAUGUGGAAACACUGGUAGCUCAACAGUUACUUUGGAAAGAAUACCAGAAGAGCUAUCGUAUCUACAUUUCAGGUGUAGGUUAUCUGGACAGACUUAGCAGGAAGCUUACCAUGUCUAUUCAGCUUUGGCUUACAGGGCUUUGAACUCUCCCUAACCCAUAGUAUGAGCGACCAUUCUCUGUCUUAAAGUCCCUGUAAGGUGAAAUCCAAACUUUGUGUCUUAGCACACUAGAUAUGUUGGAAUAAGGUUGCUAUAAAUGUGUGAAAACACUGAGAUCUAUGGUGACUGAGUCCGUUAGAAAGUUGUUAACCUCUUUCCUGGCUUGGUUUUAUUUCAGCAGGGCAAAUAUCUGAGCCCAUGACAAUACCAAUCUUGAUUGUGAAUUACCCCCCCCCCCCCCCCCCCG